CCAGCCGGUGUGAGGCGCAGCCCGAACGCCAUGGAGCAGCCCCGGAAGGCGGUGGUGGUGACGGGGUUUGGUCCUUUUGGGGAACACACUGUGAAUGCCAGCUGGAUUGCAGUCCAGGAGCUGGAGAAGCUGGGCCUUGGCGACAGCGUGGAUCUGCACGUGUAUGAGAUUCCGGUCGAGUACAAGACAGUUCAGAGGCUCAUCCCCGCCCUGUGGGAGAAGCACAGCCCACAGGUACCUCUGCGACUUCACCUACUACACCUCUCUGUACCAGAGUCACGGCCGCUCCGCCUUUGUCCAUGUGCCUCCCCUGGGCAAGCCGUACAACGCAGACCAGCUGGGCAGGGCCUUGCGGGCCAUCAUCGAGGAGAUGCUGGGCGUCCUGGAGCAGUCAGAAGGCCAAAUCAACUGUUGCCACAAACACUGAAAGUCACCCAGGCCUCCCAAGACCUUGUCCCACCAGGGACCCCAGGAGGAGACAAACCUGGCAGCUGGGGAUCUGAUUCAGAUCAAAUGUUUCAAUUCACGUACCUCCUCUCCCUUUUUCUCCGCAAAAUCGCUGAUUGAUUUUGAAGGAGGCGGCUGAAGAUUUUUUCUCGGUUUCCCUGAGCGUGAGGGGAGGUGGCCAGGAUGGCUGGGAGGCCCUUGGGUGCGGAUUUGUGCCGAGAGUCCUGCUCAGGUGGGUGUCUGCGCCGCGAUCCCACAUCGGGGCCGCCUGUGCACUGCUCUUCUAGGUCUGUGGUGGAGGGAUUCGGAGCUUCCUCCAUUCUGUGACUCGUUUCUCCUGAAUCUAAAAGCCUCUUGAAGAGCCUUUGCCCCAUCCAUGUCCCAGCAGCGUGAACAGCCCCAGGAAGGACUGCCUUGGGCUGUGGUGUGGCUUGCUCUCUUUCUCUUUUUUAAAAAUUCUUAUUCUCUUUUCUAAAACAAUAGUGCUAGUUUGGGCACCAAGUAAUUUAUAUUCCCUUUGGUUAAAACUCAGGCUUUAGCCAACAAAAGUCUUUUCUUUUUCCGGGGGUGCGGCCCCUCCCUUAAAACGGGACCUACGUCUUUGUUUGAGGACUGACAUUGAGGUGACACUGAAGCCCCCUGGCUUGGGGUAGUGGGGCAGGGCCCUCCCCAGACCACUGAAAGCUUUGGCUGACCCUUUCAGCACCCAAGCCCUGGGCUCUGGAGCAGGGACACCGGUGGGAAAACAGGUUUUGUUGUUUUGACACGCACAGGACUUUUUCUUUUUAACAUGUAAAAA